AUGACAGUGUUAGCAGCCAGCGCUACGAUGGGUUCCGCUCGCUUGGCUGCUUAUGUCGCCAUCGUUCUGUCGUCCGUAUGCGUGAUGGCCACCAUAUUCUAUUUACCGGCUUUUAUGGCGAAAAUCCGGGAGAUCCAGCAUCGACUGGCGAGGAAUGUGGACGAGUUCAAUGUCAUGCAGGCCGAAAUAUGGGGCGAUCUGCAACUGGCACGCAAUGAACCGUACUUACGAAGAAUGGCGAAGCGUGAAAUCGACGAAGAAUGCGUGUGCGUCUAUGAAAACUAUUGCCCACCUGGUGAAAAGGGGCGGCCAGGCAUAAGCGGAAUAGAUGGCGUUCCUGGAAUGCCUGGUGAGCCUGGCGAACCGGGUGCACCUGGAACUGUACCCAUUAUGCAAAUAAGUCCGGAUGGUUGCCGUCUUUGUCCGCCAGGACCGCAGGGACCUCCUGGUUAUAUUGGUCUUCCGGGACCUCAGGGAGUUCCCGGCGCUCCUGGGGUGCCAGGCAAUGAUGGUCGUCCGGGAAGUGAUGGAGCGCCUGGCCCACAAGGGCCUAUGGGUCAACCCGGAGAACCCGGAGAUGAAGGCGACGAAGGACCACCUGGAAGUGAUGGGAUUCGAGGAGAGAAAGGACCUACUGGACCGCGUGGUCUUCAGGGCAUGGUUGGAGCACGAGGUUAUCCAGGGAACACCGGACCACCCGGUAAUCCCGGACCCAGCGGACCUGCUGGAGAACCUGGUAUCGAAGGGAAACCUGGGAUGCCUGGAUUCCGCGGCGGUGCUGGAAAUUACGGGGAACAAGGAUUGCCCGGCGAGGAUGCUGGCUAUUGUCAUUGUCCUGCCAGAAGCGCAGUCAUGAAAGAAAAAGCGUGA